UGUAACGGUAGCUAGUUAAAGAGCUGGCAGGAGUGUUUGAGAAAAACAACGGUAGCGUUGUUUUUAUUGCAAAAUUUGACUUUCCUAACACUUUACGAGAGAAGGAGUUAAUAAACAGUUUUUCAGCAAUGGCUCUUGAAACACAGGGCGUGCCUAGACUUGAAUUGGAGGCUGUUAUCGGCUUCAACGGGCGCGUGCCCUCUGGCCUGAGAGUCCAUCCAGACAGAGAGCACCUCAUCUAUCCUCUGGGAUGUACAGUCAUUCUUAAGAGAAUCAAAGAUGGCAAACAGGAGUUCCUGCAUGGACACACAAACAAUGUGUCCUGUAUUUCUGUGUCCAAAAGUGGAUUAUAUGUUGCCUCUGGACAGAUCAACUUCAGGGGCUUUAAGGCUAUGGUGAUCAUCUGGGACUAUGCACAGCGAACAGUUUAUGCCGAGCUGGUGGUCCACAUGGCACAAGUAAAGGCACUGGCCUUCUCUCCCAACGACAAGUAUCUGGUGUCCCUGGGAGGUCAGGAUGAUGACAGCAUUGUGGUAUGGAAUAUUGAGACAAAGCAGGCCAUCUGUGGGAGCCCAGCGUUAGCACAUAGUGCCGGUUACUGCCUCACAGUGCAGUACUCCAACACAAAUGACAACAUCUUUGUCUCUGCUGGGAGCGGAACACUGCGAGUCUGGGAGCUGGACCUCACUAACAGGAAGAUCAGGCCCACAGAGUGCCAGACAGGGAAGCUGAAGAGGAUUGUGAAAUGUGUAGAGAUCACAGAGGACGAUCGAUUCAUUUUCUGUGGCACCACCAGUGGAGACAUAAUGAAAGUCAACAUGAAGACUGGGCUUCUGAGUGACUGUGGUCCAGUAAAAACAAAAUACAGCCUGGGUGUCAAUGUCCUUAGGAUACUGAAGUCUGGAAACCUGCUUGUAGGUUCUGGAUCUGGCACCUUCACUCUGUGUUCCUGCACUAACUUCAAAACUCUUAAGGAGGUCCAGCUGGAAAAGGGGGUGACUUCCAUUGCAAUAAGAGGAGAGGGCCAGCAGUUCUUUGUCGGGACAGAGGCUGCUCAGAUGUACCGCUUCAGUUAUGAGGACUUCAAAGCUGAACUCAUUUCCACCAGCCACAGCAGUGCUGUCAAGGACGUAGCCAUAUGUUUUGGAACAUCUGAAUUAUUUGCAACCUGCUCUGAGGAGGACAUCAGGUUGUGGCACAUAGAGAAGCCCAAAGAGCUGCUGCGCAUCACUGUACCCAACAUGACCUGCAAUUCCCUGGACUUCAUGGUUGAUGGACAUAGCAUCAUCAGUGCAUGGAAUGAUGGUAAGAUUCGUGUGUUUGCACCGGAAAGUGGCCGCCUCAUGGUCAUCAUUCACAACGCGCACAGAAUGGGUGUGACAGCCAUCGCUGGCACCAGGGACUGCAAGAGGAUCGUCAGUGGAGGGGGAGAAGGGCAGGUGCGUGUUUGGGAGCUGCAGCCACACAGCCAUCGUCUGCUGGAGACCAUGAAAGAGCACAAAGCCACCAUCACUUGUAUCAAAAUCAAGAGCAACGAUAAAGAGUGCGUCACUGCCAGCUCCGAUGGUGCCUGCAUCAUCUGGGACAUAGUGCGAUUUGUAAGUCUUCAAAUGGUAAUUGCCAACACACUGUUCCGGACUGUGUGCUACCACCCAGAGGAGUACCAGCUCAUUACCAGUGGCACUGACAGAAAGGUUGCCUACUGGGACGUGUAUGACGGAUCUGCCAUCAGAGAAGUGGAGGGCUCGCAGUCUGGGGCCAUCAACGGCAUGCACAUCUCACAGGAUGGCAAACACUUUGUGACAGGUGGAGAUGACAAACUGGUGAAGGUGUGGGACUACAUGGAAGGUACAGUCACCCACAUAGGAAUAGCUCACGGUGGCAGCAUCACCAGCAUCAAGAUCUGCUCCAACAACCGCACCUUAGUCAGCACCAGCGCAGACGGAGCUAUUCUUCGAUGGAGGUUCCCUCACCCUUCCUCCUCUUAAUGUGACAUUAGAGUCCUUGACACUGGAGGCAACAGAAACUUUUAAUCCAGUAACACACACACUCAAAUGUAUCCAACAUUUUCUUUCUUAGCAAAUCUUCCCAACAAUCUCACAUUAACAUUACAGAUUGGAUUUACACUCUGACCAAAGGAAAUAAAUGUAAUUUGAUUUAGCAUCAAUUACUUUGUUAGACUGUUUCCUUUUCCAGUAGAGACAGGAUAUAAAGAAGUGAAAAGAUUACACUUCCUGAGCAGUGUAGUCUCUUAAGUGGUAAUUCCCCACAGGAGCUGAAUAUAGGUGGGAAUUCACAGAGCGACACUAGAAUUUAAAAUUACACUUCAAGGCACAAGAACUUAUUCUUCACAUCAAAGUGUCUGCAUUAUGCUUCUUUAGACUUCUUGAGAGAAACAGAAUUAACGCUGUUCUACAGACUGUCUCAAUGCAGAUGUAACCCAAAUACGUUAAAACAAGGCUAUAUUAUACAGUACAUUAAAUGUGCUCAGAUAUGAUUUUCCUGUGUGCUGCUGUAGAGACGAGGAGGAGGCCCCAGAUUCGUGGCCGCUUAAGCACACGGCUGCUGUCAGCUAAUCUAUCAACAGAGAUUCCCUGAAGGAUGCUGGUUAAAGAGCAAGGCAGUGUACAGUGUACAGCAGAAAGCCUCUCUGACUGUCUCUGAUCUGAACCCACUCUCCUCACUAUUGUUCAAAAUGGCUAAUCUAAAUAAUUAAUAACUCACCCCUGCUUCCCCCAAAAAGGAAAAUGGCAAACCUACAGUGUAAAACCAAGUCAGCAAAAACAUCCCUGGAUCAGUAAUAUAGAAAGGGCAUCUCUAUCUUUGCACUUACCCUCCCUGCUUAUAGAGGACAGUUGUAGGCCAGGGCUUAGCUUUUUUCUUAAACACUUCAUUUCCUUGCCUGAUAUGAGGCAUGUUUAGUAUGACGUUGGUUUCUGCGGGGGAGGGGGAUUCAGUUUUCCCAAACAAAUUACUUGAGAGCAACGUGUCUGCCUAAAUCUAACAUCAUUUUUAGUCCACAGUGAUGCGGAGUCAAGCCAUCGUACCUGUUUUGCCAGGGUCGAUUUCAAAACAGCCUUGAUAGCAGCAUAUAUAGCACUCACCAUUGUUGUUAUUACUUUUCAUUGGUUCCAGUGCACUGCUUGACAACAUCUUGUCAACAGCGUUUGUCACACCUAUGGUUCUGACUGGCUAAUCGAAUCCUCCUGUGGUGCUCAUUGGUCGUUUCAUGUCACAAUGCCAGACAAAUCAGUCAACUUGAAGUUGGUGGAGUGGGUGGAUUCAAAGGUCUGGACCCAGGCAGUUCAUCUCCAGCAUUCUGGUGAAUUUUUAUGCACCAAUUUGCCUUAUCUGCCUCAAUUUAGGGUAAGAAUGUCAUGGUACGUCCUGCUUCACCAUAGUUGCUUCAUCUUCUUUCCAUUUCAUGGGAAAUUGCAACCAUGGCUUUUAAGGUUGCAUAAUGCCACCGCCUACUUAACCAGACACAUUUUUGCAUUUAUGAGGCACAUUCUAGUUUGUUGAAAUAAAACUCCUCUGUUACUGCCAUGUUUCUAUUGGAAGGAACAAUUAGACGUGUUCUACAUAUAUAAGAGGAUGUGUACCCUGCAUUCCCCCUUUACCCCCCAAAAAUCUGCACCUAUGGUUUUGUUUCAUUUUGGUAAGGAAGUCAAAGUUUGACACAGAAUAAGUUUAUUU